AUGGAGCAGAGUGGUAGAGAGCCUGGGACAAUGACAGGGGCAGCGGUGAGCACACAGGUCACUGACUUAUCCUGUGAGACACAAACGCGGGAAGAUGGGGACAGCAUCAUAGGCCAGGGUGGUGAGAGAGGCGAGGCAGUGGUGGCUGAAGUAUGGACGCCCACAGGCCAUCAACCUGGCCAUGCUGGCCAGAUGGGGGUCAUGAACCAGGCCAACAGGGGCCGGAAGAAGCCUAAGAAAAAGAAGACUGGAAGAGGACCUGGUGCGCCUCUGGGGAGGGGCCAAAUCGAUGGGCAGGUGUUGCAGCAUCCAGGCAGCCACCAGUUACCUGCACAGGCAUAUAUGCAUACAGCCAUGCAUGUGUCCACAGGUCCAGCAGGCAGAGGUGUAACCCACGGCCCUCGAGCACCCACCCCCACACACCAUGCAAAGAAUGGUCAAGCUUCGGGGCCAGGUAGCAAGCCAAGGACGCCCCAAUCUCAACCUGCCCAUAUUCGAGGGGAUUCGAACGACUUCAGGCAGAGGCAAGGGGCCCCUGGGGCGAUGAGCAGUGAUCGGCCGCCAGCUGCCAAUGGGGCAUUAAAGUUGGUGGAAGAACUGCUGAGCAACCUCAACCUCAACCUCAAUCGCUCCAGGCCAGACAGUGCUGAGAGGGUUGAACAAGGAGUCCAGCCAGCCAUGGCACCGGAGGAGCCCAUGCGAUUAACUGACACCGCCAGGAGCUCAGAUGUGGGAACUGCAGGAAGCUCAAGCAUCCUGGAACCAGAUCGCAGCAAGGGCGUAUCAACAGACCCAUCGAAACAUGCUGACAAUCAACAAAGGAGCAGGUCGUUGCCUGGCCAGAAGUCUCAAAAUGCGCCGGAGAGCGAGAGGCACAGCAGUGCUGCCCCUACAGGGCCAUCGUCUGGGACUGGUUGGACGUUGGAAAGGGACUCAGUGACGGCAGAUCCCACUGCUCCGAAGGCAUUUAAGAGGUCUGGAAGCAUGGGGAUGGCGGCUUCUGUCUCUGCUGCACCCUCUGUGACAGCACCAGUAGCAGCUGUGUCAUCGGAUAGGGUGGUGUGCGCAAAUCCGGUGGGCCAGUCGGGCAUGUUGCCAGCAGUGAGCUCAAUGAUGAGUGGGCUUCCAAACCUUGUGGCAGGGCCACAAAAGGCGAUGGAGAGCAGCAGUGUGAACAUAGAGGGGCUGGUGUAUCCGAAUGGGCAGUUCUUUCCUGAGCAGGGGCCUGUUGGGGCCGCGCACCCAGGGCUCAUGAAAGAUCGGGAGCGGUUGACCUUUGCCAUGAACAACUUUGACGAGAAGGACGUGUACAUACGGCGGAACAACAAGUCCAGCAUGUCGCUGGAGGGCUGCGGAGUUGGUGAGGCCAGCACCAGUGUAGAGGUGCCAGAAACUCAGGAAGGACACGCCACUGUGUCCCAGGUGAAGGCACCUGACACCAAGCAGGACUGGAGGUACAUGAAUGGCGGUUAUGUGCCUUCGGCCUCACCGACGCGGCUGAAUUUCCAGUUUGCCAACGGACUGCUGUGCGGCAGUCAAGAUAAAUCUGCAGAGUGUCACAGCAGCCAGGCCCCAGACAUUGUGGCCAGCACAAGCUCCCCACGCGUGGGGCCUAACAGGGAGGCUGCAGUCGAUAUGGAUCCACCCACGUCAGGCCUUGGGUCUGAAUCCUCACAGAAUCAAGCUGGGAACAUGUCGAGGCCAGAGUUGAGGUCUAUGAAUGGUUGGCAGGCAGCUGUGGUCGCGCCAACGGCUGUCUCUACCAGCAGGGCGUCUGCCUCACAGCCCCAACCUGGGGACGCCAGGCCGCCCAUGGGAGCCACUAGGGGAUGGGAGGAGCCUACGAAUCAGGGGAACAGGCCCAGGGUGGACGCGAGCGAUCAACAGAGGGGUGGAGGCCUGCCCUACGGAAUUCCACUGCCCACGAACGAUCUGGACCGCUUGUUACUGCAGGCAACACCGAUGCUGGAAGUCGACCCAACCAAGCGAGUAGAAAAAGCUCUUGAGGAUCUGAAGCUGGCUGAUGUCUGGCAGUUCUAUUAUGAGCCCAGCAUGUUUGGCCGUGAAGUUUACAUCCUGGGAGGCACUCGCGGCCCCUCCAUGGCCUACUUCCUGCCCUACCUGUCAGCUGUGCAGAUCUUCCUCCCCAGCGACGGGCCCACAGACCCCCACAGCUACGUGUGCGAGAUCAACAUGUGGCCACAGCACAUGCGCCUGCACUUUGAGCACUUCGAGAAGAAGCCCCCAUGGUACCGUCUGCCCAUGUACGACGCCGUCAUGGAGCUCUCCAAGUCGUUUCCGGACCUCAAGAAACUGAAGCUGAAGAAGCUGCACCCGGCGUCCUGGUUCUGCGUGGCGUGGUACCCUCUGUACCGGAUCCCGGACGCGCCGCUGGUCACGCGCUUCCUGACUUUCCACACCUUCCACCCGCCCCUGGUGAGCCCGCUGGCCAACGGGGGGGUCGUGCCAUUGCCUGUGUACGGCGUGGAGUGGUACAACAUGAGGGACGAGCCGUGGCUGGAGAAUGUGUCAGUGGGGCCCGACGGGGCGGAGGUGGACGAGGAGGUGCGGAGUCUGAUGGACGCGGCGUGGCAGGUGCACGUGAGGGACCUGCGCACAAACGCCGAGAAAUUCGCCCGCGGCAUCGCGUUCAAGAAGAAGUACACCUGGGAGGACGGCAUGGAGGACUGCAAGAAGCACCACGAUUUUGAGCAUUUUUACAAGGCGAACUACGGUUAG